AUGGACGACUAUCGACGGAAAACGGUGAUACUAUACGUUUCGAAUGAUAACAGAAUAGAUCAUGAUGAACAAGUAUGUUUAGAAACGUCUCAAUCGCAAGCCCCAAACGUCUGGACGCGUCGGAAGGCGCUCCAAGCCGCUGCUCUGGGAAGCAUAGCCCUUUUGCCAUCAACCAGCGCUCUGGCUGGUGUUGCCGAGUUUGACGUGUCUACAGGAGCACUAUACACUCCCAAAGCAGACAUGUUGCGAGGUGGCAGUGCAGCAGCUCGAGGGAUUCAAGUCAAAACCUCCGGGCAACGCUUGAAGCCGGGUCAAAAGUUUCAAAAUGUGUACGAAACAAGAUUUAUUGCCUACUUGUCGCGAUUCCUGUUGACAUUUGAUUCUUCAGCAACGGCAUGGUGGAUCAAGGAAGCUGAUAGUCGCCCAGAAGAAGAACGAUUUGCCGAAUUUGCAGAGAGCGUCGAGAUUGGAUUGGCCGAUUACUUCUCUGGACCCUAUGGCAGCUAUUCCUCGAUUCAAGCAGCUAAAGCCGGACUUACUGCAGCAGCACAGGCGAAAUCACGGCGUGCCGAUGACACCCAAAAAGGAUUCUUUGAUUUAUUGAAGGGUAUUGUCGUGGGAGAUAAAGAAAGAGAACGACGAGAGAGGGACAGUAUAACGAUUGGAAAGCAAGGGAUAUUGAACUUGUACACUUUGCUCAAAAUACGAUACACUUCAGAGGAAGAGAAACUGCAGCUUGCCAUCCUGUUUUCCUUCUUCUCACAACCUGAAUUGCAGCCAACAACAGAGAUCCGAAGCUUGCUUGGAGAAAUCGAUAACGCCACGGUUGCAAGAGUCGACCUGAUUAAACCGGUCAGCCCUUCAGAAUCUACAUCUCGGAGCAGUAGUCAGCGCGGAGGCGGGUACACUCUGACAGAUCCUCCAAUAGUUUCAGUGGAUGCCCCUCCUGCGCUUGGAUCAUCCUAUGUGGCAGCUAAAAUGAAACCGAUUAUGAAACCCACGUCUCGAGUGCUGAGAAUCCGUCUGUUGGAUGGAGGAUCCGGAUACACUCAAGCACCCACGGUGACGAUAUCUGGGAAUAGUGAGAGGCAGUGUUCUGUAUGUGCCAUUUUGGACCGCGACGGACACGUGGAGAGUCUUGUUGUAUUGGAUCCAGGAUACGGUUAUCAAUUUUCGGCCAAAAACCCGCCCAAAGUAGAGAUCUCAAAACCGAAACCACAAAAGACUGCUACAGAGAAACCGAGACCAGCCCAAGCUAUCGUAGACAUGGAAUAUGAAGUGCGAGGAAUCGACAUUGUAGAACCCGGAAAUGGAUACGUAUUGAAAGAGCCACCAAAGAUUACCAUCGCUCCGCCAAAGGAUGACCCUGAUUGGUUUGUUGAAACGUCAGAACUCACGGAUUUGGAAGCUAAAUACGGAAAGUUCCGUGCCGUGGCUACACAGAUGAGAGACAAAGGCAAUCGUCCAGCCUAUAUUUCCACGAAAGAGACCUCUAGGCUUGCGUUGGAUAAAGUACGGGCAUCACCACUGGAGCUCUUGCCAUCGACAAUGAGACCCGAACUCAACAGUUAUGGUGUUUACGUGAUUAGCAGUGUUGCAGCUAUUCGUACCUACGACACAUCACCGAAUAUACGUUUCCGCGCAAUGGACCCUCUGUUCGGUUCCAUCGGCAAGGUGCCAGUAACGAAAGAUGCAGCUGAGUUGAAAUCUGGGGAGUAUUUGAGGCUGGCCCUCAGUGGAGCUGUAUGCACUGUACUGGUACGGACGGCACUGAAUCCCUUGGAGUUGAUCAAGACAAAGCUUCAGCUUAAGAAUGACGAUGAACUCUUCCAGUUUGCUGAAGACAAAAUGAAGGGAGAAAAGGUGACCGCGAAAGCAAAAUCCAAAAAAACGAAAGGGAAAGCAACGACAGACGAAUCGGAACUUACUGAAUCGGAUGGAAACGAAAUCGGAACAGGGGACCUGGUAAAGAGUGUAAUUGAAUUGAGAGGAGUUGGCGCCCUAUUUCAAAGUGCCGAUAUCACUUUUCUUGCGUCACUGAUGUUUGGUUCCUUUGGAUUUGGAGCGACGGAACUCUUUCGACGUUCUUUCACACUGACGUUCUUUACCGAUGGUGGAGAUUCGAACUCCGAACUAAUCCUGUUGCUCGCAGCUUUCGCAGCCACAGUGAUCACAAGUGCUGCUGCCGCUCCCUUCGAACUCCUCAGAGUACGAAGCAUGGGGCUCGUCGAGUCAAAAUCAUGGACCAAGGUCCUAAAGGAGUUUUUGGAAGAAAAGGGCAACCGUGCCAACGGCAACGGCCCAAGCAAUUCAAAUGAAGAAUCCGAAGAUUCGUUUUGGAAUGAUCUUAAUGCUAGGGAUCUACUCCCGCUUUUUGCUGGCUUCCCACCAACUGCAUCUCGUGAACUUGCGUUCGCCAUUCCAAAAUUCCUUGCUUUUGAUGUCAUCUCAAAAAGUUUCACUGAAUUUGUCAACGCUAAUGCUGGUGCAGGGUCCCUUCCGGUGCAAGUUGGUGUCGGAACCGAAGGACUUUUGAUUUCGGCUUUUGCGGGUGCUCUCGCUGGAAUUGCUGGCGCCAUUGUGAGUCAUCCAGCAGAUUUUAUCCUAACCAAAACAUCAGCAUCCAAGAAAAAGAUUAAUGAAGACGGAACCGUCGAAUCGGGUGCAGACUGGAAAGAUGUGGUGAAAGAUUUGCUGCAAAUGGAAGGCGGCAUCGCAAAUCUGUAUGUGGGUUUGCAACCAAGGGUUGUUUUCUUUUUCCUAGUGAUUGGACUACAGUUCUUUUUGUAUGACUACGUCAAGAUUCUCUUGCAAGUUGGAUCGGAUGAUUUGAGCCUUGUGCUGGAUGUUUUCUAUGCUGUACGGCAGGGAUUAUUGGAGUAG